AUGAGUGGAAACAAUAUGGGAUAUUAUGAGGUGAUUGCAGGGUUAUCAGCACUAGAAAAGUCGCCGCAGGUAGUAUUCAGUGCAGCAGAGCUGCAGCAGCUCACGCAGCAAUCUGCAGACACCAAUAAAAACACUAAGGGCAGUGAGAACAGUAAAAUGAGGAUAUCCAGGCCCAAAAGAGUAGCCGUACAUGGUUAUCUAGGCGGCAAAGUGUCACUCGCCGAUGCGGCGCAAGUAGAGUAUGAGGUUGGACACUCGCUGCUGGGUAGCUAUGUGCCACGCCAGCAGCUGGAGGCUCUCUCCAGUGUGGACUUUGCCCACCAUUUCCACCGUACAUUAGAAUGCAAGACUGCGCUAGAGACGCACGACGUCUUUCUUGCCGGCGCAGGCCAAUUGUCGCUACCUUUCCAAUCGCAUAUAGAGAGUCCCAGAGAGGACGAACUGAAAAGGAAAAGAAAAGUGUUGAUAUGCAAACGGUGCCAAUCACGAUUUAUAGGCACUCAUAGACGGUCUCAACUUAGAGAACAUGCGUGCGUAGAUCAAGCCAUCUAG